UGACCCAGCGCCAAGACGGUGAUGCGCUUUAAAUAGCAGGUGUUUGAAAUUGUGAUCAUUUCCAGUCCCCCAGUAGCACAUUGAGGACGCCGCACGAUGUCCGCCACGGGCACGGAGACCAGCGGCUCGCUGCCGGCCGCUGCGGGGAGGGUUUUCUUUCAGGCAACCCCCGCAGGAGGAUGCACCGUAACCGGGCCAGUAACACAGGACGACCCCGUUCAGAAGAAACAUGGGAAAGUGACCGUGAAGUAUGAUCGGAAGGAACUGAGAAAAAGGCUGGUUUUGGAAGAGUGGAUCAUCGAGCAGCUCAGUGAGUUAUACGACUGUGAGGAGGAAGAGAUGCCUGAGGUUGAAAUAGACAUUGAUGACUUGCUAGAGGUUAACAAUGAGGAUGAAAGGGCUUUGAAACUUCAGGAAUCUCUGAUAGACUGCUAUAAACCAACAGAGGAGUUCGUGAAGGAGCUGCUGGGCCGGAUCAGGGGCAUGCGGAAGCUGAGCGCCCCCCAGAGGAAGGGCCUAUAAUGGCGGGCACAAAGCCGGAGGCAGGAUCUCGCCAACACUAUGUGGACUCAAUACUAGAUCCUUAUUUUUAUUUUGCCAUUUUCAAGAACUGUUUGUAAAAAGCACACUUCACAUCAAGGAAUUUUUUUUAGGGGGGGGGGGGGGGUCCUGUUAAAUUUGUUACACCCCAGAUAUGCUGAGGUCCACGUUCUGGCUGUGACCGCCUCCUCACCGAAAACUGGCCUUGAGCAUGACGCGUGCGGCAUGGCGCGAGGCAGGCGACUGCGCAAGGCAUUCUGGGGAUUCCUGUUUAUCGCAUUAGCACGUCCUGCAUGUCAUGUUUUAACCCUUUGUGCAGUUAGGUUUAGAGAAUGGCAGGUGGUCUCUUCAAACUCGCAGAUCUUUUGCCCAGGUCCAUAACUGCCGUGGCCAAUAUUUACGAAGGUUUUUUUGCUUAUGAUUUGGACCAUUCUCAAUUAAAAAUAGUUUUUUUCUUCUUGGCAGCAGGAUAAGUUGUCCUUCAGCGAAACAUUGAAAGAAGAUGUGAUGUUUUCAGUAGUUUCUCCGAUGUCUUGACCCUGCCCAAGUACAGCAGCACUUCACAUAGCGUUUAAUACAAAAGGUGCUGGGCACGUGCAGCUACUGCCCACUGCCGGAUCUGAGAGGACGGCAGGCCGAAUCCUGUCAUAUCGCUCCACGGAGUAAAGAUAGCUGAUUGGUAUUUUUAGACGGGAACCCCAAGCCCUCAGUUUGGAGCCUCACCCAUACUGUACGAGUUCUGCUGAAGAAACACUGAAUAUGAAGCACUGAAGGCUGUCUAUUGUAUGACCCCCCCCCAUCCCCCACAUUGUUUAAACCGGUUUAUGUAAACUCAUCUUUUUCAGGAUCCAGGAAAAAUAUGGUGCUGUUGGUGUUUUUUCUUUUUUUGUUUUCUAUUUUUAAGCCACUCCCCCCACCACCGCUCGGUUGUUUUAUUACAACGCCAGUGAUUUUUGUGUGUUUCGUUUGAGGAGUAUUGAUCACUGGUGAACCUACCUGCCUGUCGCUGCCACGCUGAACCAGGGCAAAGCUUUACAAUAGUUUGUUAGGCAUUUUAGUGUGUCUCUGAAUUUCGAGUUCGUCUGACCAUUAUUUUACAUAUUUGCGAGUUUCAUUUUUAAAUGUUGUGAUAUAUUUUAGUUACUUUGCUGACAAUAAAAAAAAAAAAAACAGGAUGGUAUCUGUCCUGCAUAUGAAUCCA